GGUAAACACAAAGAAAGAAGUUCCACUUGUUUUUUUUUACCAGCGCAAGUGUCAAAAGGUGAAAGGGAUUAGAAAGAUUAGAUAGUUCCAGUGGUUUUUCGUGAUUAACAAAGAAAAUGUUGUCAAUGGAAAGAAUCCCCGACCAGAUCGGAUACUUGGUAUUAACAGAAGACGGUGCAGUUUUGACGUCUGGCGGAGAAUUGGAAAACGACGAGAGGGUCGCCAAUAUUAUAAUCGGUUUGGUCUCCUUGAUAAACAAAGAUAACUCGAAAGCUUUUUUUUCUGAUGAUUUCGAGAAAAUAAGCAUCACUUACGACCAUCAUUGUUACAUAAUUUGCCUCUCGAACAAGAAAAUUCACGUGGUUAAGAAAAAACUGAAUCCACCUUCUGGUUUAUCUUCCGAUGGACAACUCGUCGAAAUUUAAGUUUAAAUAAAGAGAAAAAAUCCCAGGGUUUCAAGGUAUCAAAUAUUUGAAAAGAACUGAACAUCACUGAUAUCUCAGUAAAAUUAUCAAUGAAAAACGUAUAAUUAUUAUAGAUUA